ACUUAUCGAUUACAACAGUGAAUUGUCAAAUAUUUUAAAUGUCUUCAAUUUACUUAACCCAUAUUUACUAAACAAAUAUUGAAUAAACAUUUAAUAAUACGAAAACGAAAAAAAAUUUGUUAAUAUGACAAGACAUGCAAGAAAUUGUACAGCAGGAGCUGUUUAUACAUACCACGAAAAAAAGAAAGAUGCGGCUGCUUCAGGGUAUGGAACAAGUAGUCAAAGAGUAGGCAAAGAUUCUGUAAAAGAUUUUGAUUGCUGUUCUUUAACUUUACAACCAUGCCGUAUUCCUGUAGUGACAAAAGAUGGUGUUCUUUUUGAUAAAGAAGCAAUAUACACAUAUAUUGUAGAAAAGAAAAAUGAAUAUAGUAGAAAACUAAAAGAAUAUGAACGACAAAAGCAAAAAGAAGAAAAUGAAAAAUCUGAAUCUGUAGCUGCUGAAACAUCAGAAAAAAUAGCAAAAUUCUUGAAAACUGAACAAAAUAUAGUAACAACAAAAAAUUUACCAAGUGGCUCAGAAGAAUCGACAUCCAUUUCAAAUAUGGCCAAUGGUAAGGACAAGGAAUUACCUAGCUUUUGGAUUCCAUCCAAAACACCACAAGCUGCAUCAUCUACUUUAAAAAAACCAGAAAAUGUUAUACCUUGUCCUGUAACUGGUAAACCUAUAAAAGCUAAAGAUCUGAUAGAAGUGAAAUUUACUUUAGUGAAAGAUCCAGAUGAUAAAAAGUCUAUGAUAACUAAGAAAAAUCGCUAUAUGUGUGCUGUUACACACGAUAUCUUAAGUAAUUCCGUUCCUUGUGCUGUUUUGAAACCAACCGGCGAUGUUGUAACGUUAGAAUGUGUCGAAAAAUUAAUUAAAAAAGAUUGGUUACAUCCAUUAAAUGGACAAAAACUAACAGAAAAGGAUAUCAUAGUUCUUCAACGGGGAGGAACCGGAUAUGCAACCGCAAAUGACAAUCUUGAAGGAAAGCAUUAUAGACCUGUAUUGCAAGCAUAGGUAUUAUUUUUUUUUUAAACUUAAUUUUAA